CUUGUUCUAUUUUUUUUUUCUUCUUCUUCUUCUUUUAUUCAAAUAUUUAUUUAUAAUGGAAUAUACACAACUUCAAUCUCAAUUAGAUCCGAAUACAUACCAGGAAUUAGAAGCACUUCGUGGAAAAUUAUGGUCCUUACAGGAAACAUUUGCCACUCAUCUUGCUUAUCUAAAGGAACCAAAAUAUCCAUUUACUUGGCCAGACCUCUUGAAUAAAUUUAAUAUGUUGACAGCUAAAUUCGCGACAUUAUCUGAAGAUUUUUAUAGUUAUACUGAACCAGGCAAUAAUGCAACAUUACCCAAGUUGAUGAUCCAUCCUUAUAUACCCACUACCACAGAACAACAGACAAACAUCCUCAGUGUCUUGCUUCGAACCAAACUCAUUCCUGACAUUGAAAAACUAGAAGCAGAAACACAAGCUACAAUUGCUCAGGAGCUACUUGCUGAUCAAGCUACAAAUAACACUAAAACGACUCAUAAUGUCGAUGACGAACAGGUUAUUUAUUCACAAUUACAACAAUGGAACGAAUUACGUGAACGACAUGAUCGUUUGGCUGUGGACGCAGCUCAAUUUGUAUCUGAACUUUCAUCAGACCAUCGAUCUAAUUUUUUACUACGUUAUGAGGACCAAAUAGAUGAAGAAGAAGAAGACGUUGGCGAUGAUGAUGAAGACGAAAAUAUGAAAGAAGAAAAAGAAUGGGAAAAGAUGGGUUUCCAUACGGAAGAAAUUUGGAAGAAAUGGAAGUUAGAAUGCUUAAUGAAUUUUUAUAGUAAUGGAAAGAGUGAAGUUAUUGGUAGUGACAUAAAGAAAUUGGCUUCCAAAAAAUAAUAGACUUCCAUGCUAUUGUAUAAAAAAAAACAUACAUACAUACGUAAUUGUUUAAUUAAAAAAAAAUAAAAACAAAGAAUAAAUAACUGAGACAAAUGGCUUUUCCAAGUUACAAAAAAAA